AUGUCGUAUUCACGAGUCGGUGUGGUAACCGGUGCCAACAAGGGUAUCGGGUAUGCAAUUGUUCGACAGCUGGCCUUGCAGUAUCCGGAGUCCUACUUGAGCAGCGGGUCACUCCUCAUCUAUCUUACAGCCCGCGAUCAGUCUCGCGGUGAGCAGGCGCUCGCCGACAUCCAGGCCGAUGCGGACCUCAAGAAGGCCAAGGCCCUGACUGCCCACGGUGGCCUCGCCGACAUCAAGUACCGCCAACUGGACAUCUCAAACUCCAAGAGCAUCGCGAGCUUGGCCGAGGCGUUGAAGAAGGACCAUCCCGAAGGCAUCGAUUUUGUCAUCAAUAACGCCGGUAUUGCGAUGCAGGGAUUCGAUUCCAAUGUGGUGAAGACUACUCUCGGCUGCAACUACUACGGAACCCUGGAAGCAACCCGUGCCUGGAUCCCGAUCCUCAAGCCCGAAGGACGCAUCAUCAACGUCGCCUCCAUCGCCGGCUCCUUGAGCAAGUACUCGUCAGAAGUCAAGGAGCGCUUCCAGAACUCGCAGACCGUUCCAGAAGUCACCCAGCUCAUGGAGGACUUCACCGCCGCUGUUGAGAGGGGCACGCACGAGAAGGAGGGAUGGCCCAGCGCUGCUUACGCGGUGUCCAAGGCUGGCGAGAUUGGGAUGACGAGGGCGAUUGCGAAGGAGCUGUUGGAGAAAGACAGCAAGAUGCUCGUGAACUCGUGUCAUCCGGGCUGGGUGGUGACGUCCAUGACGAGAGGGAAGGGGACGAAGACGCCGGACCAGGGAGCGCAGACUCCUGUUCACCUUGCUCUUGCGGACCUUGGGGGCAAGACUGGUGAAUACUGGUCUGACGAGAAGGUCGCGAAAUGGUGA